UUUACUGACAAAGUGAGGAUUUAAGAACACAAAUUAUGCAAUUAUUUUAACCUUAAGUCAUUAAAUAUCUUAUUUUAUAUUUAUAUAAGUUUUUUGAUAAAAAUUAUAAGUGAAAUAUGAGUAGAUUUUUUAAAAUUUACCAAAAUUUGUUAGUUAAAUACCCGAUGGGUAUGCAGGCGUUGCAAGCUGGUACAUUAAUGGGUGUUGGUGAUCAAAUAGCACAAAAUUUAGUCGAGAAACGUAAAUUUAAUGAACUUGAUUUUUUACGUACUGCGCAAUUUUAUUCAAUUGGUCUUUUUAUUGCCGGGCCAUCUGUAAGAGGCUGGUAUGGAAUUCUUGAUAAAUACUUUGGAUCUAAAGGAAGUGUCGUCGCUUUAAAAAAAGUCGCUUGUGAUCAAUUUUUAUUUGCGCCCCCGUUCAUCGCCGUUUUGUUGGCAACCAUCGGUUUCAUGCAGGGCAAUAACGCCGAGGGGGUUCAGAAAAAAUUGUCUAAUGAGUACAAAGAUAUUCUUAUAAAUAAUUACAAGAUUUGGCCCCUGGUUCAAUUAAUUAACUUCGGUCUCGUGCCAUUGAACUAUCAGGUACUCGUCAAUCAGAUCGUUGCUAUAUUUUGGAAUACUUAUAUUUCAUUUAGAACCAACAGAGAUUCAGUUAAAAAUCAGUGAUAUAUUUAAUUUUAAUUUUAAUAAUUAUUAUUUUUAAUUGCUUGUAAAAAAAAUUACUGUUUAAUUGUAAAUAUUUGUGGUAUUGUUUAUUUUUAAUUUUCGUAACAAUGUCUUAAAUAGUCAGUAUUAAAAA